UUCAGAAGAAGGAGGGAGUUGUGAAAGCACCUCCUGCUUCAGUCUUCUUUGAAACUUCAGACGAGGGUGCUGAGCAGGCAGAGAACUUGGAGUCUGACACAGAUCUGUGCAGACCGGACAGACUCAAGCCAAGGUACACAUGGCUCAGUCACAGAGAGAGACAAUCAGAAAGACUCACAAAGGAGACCAAGUCUAAAUGUAAGCAAAUUGCCCAGUGUCUAAGUCAUGCACCUGGUCCUCAAAACAAAGGAGCCUUGCUGUGUAGAAAGCACCGCCAAAGGGUCAAGAAGUACACGCUUGUGAGUUAUGGGACUGGUGAUGAGCUUGACAGCGAAGACCAAGUAGAGGAGGAAACCGAAGAAGUGAGAUCAGCUGGUUAUAACUUUGUGGCAUCGAGUCAUUCUGAGUUAGAGGAGAAGUAUUCUCUUCAUCACCAGCAGCAACAUUUACAUCUGAAUUGGGGAAGGAUUUGAGAAAUGGAAGUACUACCAGGAACAAAAGGGAAGGGAGUGCUGAUGUUUGUCCAACGACGUAAACGGAUGGAUGAAAUUGUAUCAGAUCAUGAAGAAAUGAAGAGUAAAGGAUUACCUGUGCGAGCACUAACAGGACCCAGAUUUACAGAAACACAGAAAAUGUAUGACACAAAGCAAAUGUACAUGCAUACUGAUCAGGCUAACUAUCAAGUCAAUGUGUCAAGACCCUUGGUGCCAAACAGAACUGCAAAGCCCUUCCUAGGAUUUCAGGAUGGCACCGCUCAUGUCAACCCUGGGAGUGUUACUCCAGUGAUGAAGAGGAAUGAACCAAAAUUCAAAGUACCUGUGCCUACAAACACAAAUCCACAUGUUUGGUCCCCAACUGGAGACAUCAUAGCCUCAAGAGAUGAGCGGAUAUCUGUGCCAGCAAUCAUGACUGGCAUCCUACCAGGGUCCAAAAGGAAAACUGCUAGAAAACAAGUUUCAGCGCGGGCUCAAGAAUCAGAUCCCUAUCUUCAAAACAAAGGAGAAAGGAGGUCUUAUAUUGAGCCAGAGGAAGAUUGUUUUAGUCUUGGAGCUGAAGCUUGUAACUUCAUGCAAACAAGAUCAACUAAACUCAAGAACCCCCCUCCAGUUGCCCCAAAGCCUGUAAUCAAUCCAUCCUGUCCUCCUUGGGUGAGGAGGAGUCCCCCUGUUGAGCCACAUAUUCCACCUAGAAGUCCGGUUUCUCAACCAUCUCACAGUUCCGGGGGGCCUCACAGUCAGCAUUACUCACUGCAGCAAGAUGGGGUCCAGUCUCAACAGAUGGUCAACCGUUGGACACCAGGUCAAACUCUUCAACCAGCACCCACCAAUGCCUUGGCUUUGGUCAACACCUCUUCUCAGCUUCACCAUCAGUCAACCACUUAUAGUCGGAAUCAACAGCUGCCUCGAUCCCCUGUGAGUACACAGACCCCAAGUUCAACUUACCGACCAUAUCACCCACCUUUCCUGUCAAGGAAUCAGCCAGACAGUGUUCCAAAUUCUGUUGCUUCUUGCCCUCCACAAGCAUACAUCCAUGCAUCAAAAACACUCCAGGCUUCUCCAAAAGGUCAAGUGUCAGAGAGAGAGAGAGGCAUUUAUCAGUCCGUUGGUGAAUCAGCUAUGGUGGGAAAAGGUGCCCAGUUGUUUGCUAAAAGACAAUCCCGCAUGGAGAAGUUUGUUGUUGAUGCUGAAACAGUGGAAGCUCACAAAACAAGACCCCACUCCCCAUCCUUCUCUCUCCCCAAUUCCUGGGGGUAUUCCUCCAAUAUCCGUGCCCCUCCCCCUUUACAGUAUAAUCCCCUUCUUUCUCCCCAUUACACCUCCUCAGCAGCCAGGCAAACCACUUCCACAAGCUCCAAAACAACGCCAAAAACCAAAGAAAAACCUAAAGUGCCCACAAAGCAUCUAAAUCCCUUAGAUAUUAUGAAACAUCAACCUUAUCAGUUGGACACGUCACUGUUCAAGUUUGAAGAAAAUGCCAAAAGCCCCAACUCCAAACCAACUCCUCUGUCAAAGUUUGAGGUCACUAAAAGCCUUAAACAAAGAGCAGCCUAUUCUCAUUCUCCUUACAAAUCAUCUGAGAUAAGUGUUCUGGCCAAGGCAGAAGCUCCUCAUACGUCUCCUGGAUUGGUAAGUUCCUCAAACUCUUCUGCCCACCAGAACACAAGAUCAGCUGGGCCUCUCACAACUGGCAAGCACUUGGAUGAAAAGCACACUGUCACCCCUGCAGUCCAUCACAUUAGCAACACCCAAGCACCAAGUGCCAAACCUGCAAGCACAUCGUCCCAGCAGUCACCCUCUGGCAGCAGCAUAGCUUCAGCUUAUUCUCCUGCUUCUCUUAUUGCUCGAGGCGUACGUCAAAUGGCUCCUCGUCCAAAGUUUUCUGCUAAGAAGCCAGCAGCGAUAGGUAAACAGUGGAAGACUGUGGCUGUUCUUCAUUAGUACUAUCACUGUAUAUGGUCAUGCAUUGGUGUCAACGCUAAGAGCACAGUCACUUCAGCAAAUGGCUUGUAUCGUAUGUCUUAUUAAUCUGGUUGAAGAGUAUAUAGUCUUGCACUGUCUCAUCCAAAAUGAUUUACAAUAUGGAGCUGCAGGGAUAUAUUUAGCUGGAAAUGUGAGGGAAGCAUGUGGAGUCUGUUGAAUGUACAAAAAAUGUACUUAAAGUUCCAGUGCGGAACUGCCACCGCCCACUUUAGAUUUCUGAGUAAUUACCAAGUCUUUGGGCUCUGUAAGACCCUGCAGUCUAUGAGUGUGAGUAGGAGCAAUCUAUGUGUUAUAUAUCUGUCUUUUAAAGUAGUGUUACUUUUUUGGAUUGCUUCCAGGAAAUUUAAUUGGAGCUGCAUGGGGAAGUAAACAGCAGCAAUUGCGAUUGGCACAUAGUCAGGUAGCUGCUCAGGGAGUGCUUGUUUCGCUUGAGCACGUUCGUGAAAUGCCAAAAUCGGCAUUAAAAUACGAUUGUGAAGUCCUACUGAACGUCCAGGUUUAUUUUUACCUGUAGAUUCCUCUUCUGAAACUUUUCAUUGGCACAUCUUUGGUGUUUUGCUCUUUGAAGCUGUCUUGCUUUUACUCUGACUGUGUGCUUCUUUCCACCUCGCCUGCUCAGUCAUAAGUCGUAAAUCGCGUCGCUCUGUGUGCAGCGCAUAAAUGUGGGCACAGACGAAAAGAACAAAAAAAACUAAAAAAACUGCUCUGCUGAGAAACACAGAGAGAGUCAUGUGGAGCUGAUAGGUUACAUCAGCAUUGUAUGAAGACACCUGACGAGUGGAAUGUAACAAACAGUAGUUUAUAUUGAAAUGUUAUGCACUACAGCCAUGGUUCUCAAACUGUGGUACGUGUACCACUAGUAGUACGCAAGCUUCCUCUGGUGGUACUCGGAGGAAAAUCAGAAAUAUUGUUCAACUUUAUAUUCCAGGGUAUGUGAUCGGAGUGGAGCUGAGGAAUUUUGACCAGUGUGUAGAAAAUGAAACAAAUGACAACAGAAAUAUAUAUAUUAUUAGAGUCACCUUAUCACUCUCUUUCUUAAUUUAAAUGUUCUAUACCAGUGUGUGAAGUAUGUGUGAGAAAGAGGAGGAUGAUGAGAUCUUUUUCCCGUCAAGAGUCCGUAGCUGACUUUGCUCGGCCUGUUUACACCUCUGUAUUUUAACGUUAGUGAUAACGGUGUCACUUUGAGAGUUCAAUAUGUUGUCAGGUGAUGCUUGGUGUAAAACGUUUUAAAGCCACUGCACUACAAACGUCAAAGGUGGUGGUGAAUACAAACUAGAAUAAACAAAAUAAAUACAAAUAUAGAAAACGUAACACAUUACAUCAUCCCUACAAGAGGUGGUUUUGUGUGUACUUAAAGGGGGGAAAUGUGAGACUAAGUAAUGUUGAGGGAUUCUCAGGAAGUGCUAUUUCAUGUGCAAUAAUGUGUGUUUGGAGAGCCUUGUGUGACUAUGGUCUCUCGUGUUUUAUCUUUAUUUUCUAAGGAAUUCAAUCGCUUGCAUUGUUUAUGCAGGAGCAAUAAAAACACAUUUAUUUAUCAAAUUUAUAUUUAACUCCAAAUUUUCUUUACAUAAAUCUGCCAUCUUGGACAAGAAUAGUAUCACUUACUAUUAUAUCUUUAUUUUUUUAGUAUGUUUGGGGAGAAACUGUUCUUUUCUGGGUGCAUUUUCUUCAGUCUCAUUCCAAACUUUAAUGGUAUCACAACAGCUAAAAGCAUUAACAUUAGUUGUGAUCAUUAACCCUGAUGACAUUAAAGGUUGUUAUUUUUAUAUUUUCCACAAUCAUCAUUUAUGGACAGUUAUUUUUCUGUCAUCAGACAUUCUAUAUUCUCAUCCUCGAUGAAAAACAUGAGCAGGGUAUCUAUAGCAAAUCAAGAGAAAAAUAGUGGGCAACUGUCUUGUUUGUCUUUGUGACGUAUCACUGUUGAUUGUACUUCUUGAACUCUAUUAAAUUUCUCUUUCCUUC